CUCUCUCUCUCUCUCUCUCUCUCCACCCAAUACUGAGCUGAUUCCCAUAAAACGUUUUACUGGCAGAGGGGCACACACGGCUCCUCCGCUGGCGUCCAACGCCCGGCAUCACCGUCACCGCCCAUUGCGGUGAUUCUACCUUCCUUGCUUCAUCUAUCUAUAUAUACCCAAAGGUCAACAACUCUACCUUUCUCCUUCUCUUCUGUUCUCUUCCCUUGCUGCCUCUGACAUUGCUCGUUUGUUCUUCCACGCUCUGUCGCUCUUUUCUUCCGAAUCCUCCUGCAUAAAUCCCACCUUCACCCACUUUUCCCGCGUCUCGCUUCAGUUUCGCUGCUCGAGAAUGGAAAAGGAGCGAUUUUUUGGCGUCAAUUGGCAGUCCAUGGACGCUGGGAUGCCGCCGGAGAUGAACUCCCGCGCGGCCGCUGCCGACCAGUUACCGAAUUCCUUCCUCAACCUCGGGUGGGAGCAGCCGAUGCACCACGACGCCCACUUCGAGUCGGCACUGAGCUCCCUCGUCUCGUCGCCUUCGUCCAACACUCCGGCCGGCAACGACAGCGUCAUCAUCGGCGAGCUCAUCGGUCGGCUCGGCAGCAUCUGCAACUCCGGGGAGGUGUCCCCGCCGUCGCGAUACCAAAGCGCCAACACCUCGUGUUACAGUACACCGCUGAAUUCCCCCCCAAAGCUCAACCUUUCCGGCAUGGAUCACCAGCAGCAGGGCAGGGGAGGCGUACCGGUGCCCGGGAAUCAAAUGGCGGCCGGGAAAUUCUCGCCGUUUGCCGCCGACCCAGGAUUCGCAGAGAGAGCCGCGAGGUUCUCUUGCUUUGGGGCGAGGGGUUACGCGGGGCUCGGCGGCCAGUUCGGGCUUCCGGAGGCUGGAAAGCUGUCGAGGGUCUCAAGCAGCCAGUCUCUGAAGGCGGUGCAGAUGGUAGCUUCGGACAAUGGCAAGGAGGUGCCAGUGUCGGAGCCAGAGAGACCGGCGAUGGAGACGAGGUCCAAGUUUGGUGGCGAAGCGGAGUUCGGCAACAGCCAGGAGGCGUCGUCGGUGUCGGACAGGACGACGGCGGUUGGUGCGGAGAACAACGCGAGGAAGCGGAAAGCAGCUUCCAAAGGCAAAGCAAAGGGGGCACCUUUAUCUUCCUCCAACAUGAAUCCUCCCAAGCCGAGCGACGGGGAAAAUUCUGAUGCAAAGAGAUGCAAACCAGCUGAAACCGAUGGAGCUGACAAGGAUGCGGCCGUCAAGCCAAAGACGGAGGAGAACGGCGAUGUCGGUCGGAAACAGGGCGAAGAGGGCAAUGCCAAGCCACCGGAGCCGCCAAAGGACUACAUCCAUGUCAGGGCAAGAAGAGGGCAAGCCACCGACAGCCACAGCCUGGCGGAGCGGGUCAGAAGAGAAAAGAUCAGUGAGAGGAUGAAGCUUCUGCAGGAUCUUGUGCCAGGUUGCAAUAAGGUAACCGGCAAAGCACUUAUGCUCGAUGAGAUCAUCAACUAUGUGCAGUCAUUGCAGCGGCAAGUCGAGUUCUUGUCGAUGAAGCUGGCUGCCUUGAAUCCCCAGCUAGAUUUCAACAUGGAGGCUCUCCUCCCAAAAGAUAUGCAUCAAGUGCUUGGACAAUUGCCGCAGCAAGUCUAUCCAUUAGACAUGGCAAGCACAGCCUUCUCAUAUGCUCAGCAGCCUCAGGGGACUCCUCUCCAGAGCAUUGUCACGAAUAGUCUCGAUGUGCAAGGAUCCUUGAAUCCAUUAGAGUCCUCCCUACGACGGCCCCCCACCAUGCAACUACCUCGUCUCGAUGGAUUCACAGAUGCCACCUCUCAGCUUGGAAAUCUCUGGGAGGAUGACCUCCAGUAUGUUGUUCAGAUGGGCUUGGGGCAGAGCCAGGGGACUGCAUUCUCCUCCCAAACUAUGCCUGUGGAGUGAAUCGAAAGACUACGUUAACUCACAAGAUUUUAAGAAAAUUUUUGUGAUGUGUACAAUAGAUGCAGGCAAAAAUGACAAGUUAAGUAAAGAUCGAAUUAUGCUUGUAUGAUUUCAUAGUAAACUAGAAGCCUUUUGUAUAUAAUUACUGAGACACUGGUGUCGAACAACACCUAGAGCUCUGAACUAACAGCAUUAGGUCCGAGUGCAGAAUUCUGUGACAAUUUCUUCUUGCCUCAGAUAUGAGUUUGUAACAGGGUGAGACUGAGAGCAAGAGCAAGGAUGCAGAAAUGAUUCAGUAUGGCAAUGCUAUUUUGUAUUAUCAUUAUGAUAAAACUAUCAGUUACCGAUUAAUGAAAUUGUUGGUUGUCUGAAA